CUUCAUGUCGUAAGUUUUAAACAUGAAUUUAGAUCAAAAAAAUACCUCUUAACCACACACUACGUCACGUCAGAGUCAAGCUAAUAAUCAUGGUCGAUUCACCUUCAUCCCACGAACUUCCACGAAGCAGCAACGACGACUUGUCGGAGCUGAACAAGGAUUUGGAGAGAAUGAUUGAGGACGCUGAAAAUAUGUCAGUGCAGCUGACCUGGAUGGCUUAUGACAUGGUGGUACUGCGGACCACACCCGAGCUGGGGGACGCAAUGAAGAAACUGGAAGAAGCGUAUCACAGAUGCAGAGAUGCUCUUUGUGGAGACCCAGACCAGAAGCCAGAGAUGGAUAACUCGUCCUGAUUCUGCUGCCACUGUACCUGCUCAAAUAUGAUGGUUAUUAUCAGAGUUUUCAGUUCUCACGAAUUGCACUGAGGUUGAAUUAAACUGCGACUGCAUUGUGUUCAAGUUAAUGUUGCAGUUUCUGCAGCACUGUUUUUGCACGUUGGUGUUUUGUGGGUCUUUAUCACUUGCUUUUGUUGGUGUUUUAAUGUUUAUUGACAGCUAUCACUUGGUGUUUGCAUGUCCUGCAGUUGUUUUCUAGGUAUGGAAGUGCUCUAAUAUGUUCAGCCUCUUGAUUGAAUAAAUGAA